AUUCUCAGUAUUCCCUCCCAUUUCCCUGCACCACUUAACUUUCCAAAUUGCAUUCCCAUUGCUACUAUACCAAGAGUAACCUCACUCCUCCACGAAACAAAACAAAAACAUACUAAGUAACAUGGCUUUGGGGAACAACAGUCACCAGCUUCUGUCAAAAAUUGCAACCAAUGACAAGCAUGGAGAAAAUUCUCCUUACUUUGAUGGUUGGAAGGCCUAUGAUUCAAACCCAUUUCACCCCACAAAAAAUCCUCAGGGUGUCAUCCAGAUGGGUCUUGCAGAAAAUCAGCUCUGCUUUGAUCUGAUUCAAGAGUGGAUAAGGAACAAUCCCAAGGCCUCCAUUUGCACUGCUGAAGGAGUGAACCAGUUCAAAUAUAUUGCAAACUUUCAAGACUAUCAUGGAUUGCCAGAGUUCAGAAAUGCUGUGGCAAAUUUUAUGUCAAAAGUGAGAGGUGGGAGAGUGAGAUUUGAUCCUGACCGUAUUUUGAUGAGUGGGGGGGCCACUGGAGCAAAUGAGCUAAUAAUGUUCUGUUUGGCUGAUCCUGGAGAUGCUUUUCUGGUUCCUAGCCCUUAUUAUCCAGCAUUUGUCCGAGACUUGUGUUGGAGAACAAGGACGCAACUAAUUCCCGUAGAGUGUCACAGCUCCAACAAUUUUAAGAUAACAAGAGAGGCUCUUGAAGAAGCAUAUGAAAAAGCAAAAGAGGGUAACAUCAACGUGAAAGGGUUGAUCAUAACAAACCCUUCAAACCCUUUGGGAACCACCCUUGACAGGGAAACACUGAAGAGCAUAGUGGGGUUCAUCAAUGAAAAGAACAUCCAUUUGGUGUGUGAUGAAAUCUAUGCAGCAACAGUGUUCAGAGCCCCUAGCUUUGUGAGUGUCUCUGAGGUGAUGCAAGACAUUGAGCAUUGCAAAAAAGACCUCAUUCACAUUAUUUAUAGUUUGUCUAAGGAUUUGGGACUUCCAGGGUUCAGAGUUGGAAUAGUUUAUUCAUACAAUGAUGAAGUGGUGAACAGUGGUAGGAAAAUGUCAAGCUUUGGAUUGGUCUCAUCUCAGACACAGUAUUUUCUUGCUGCAUUGCUUUCCGACGACGAGUUCGUGGAGAGGUUUCUGGCAGAGAGUGCAAGAAGGUUGGCUGCAAGGCAUAGCCACUUCACAAAAGGGCUUGAAAAGGUGAACAUUACUUGCCUGCCAAGUAAUGCAGGACUUUUCUUUUGGAUGAACUUGAGGGGUUUGCUCAAGGAGAAAACAUUUGAGGGUGAAAUGAUGCUGUGGCGUGUGAUCAUCAAUGAGGUGAAGCUCAAUGUGUCACCUGGGUCAGCUUUCAAUUGUUCUGAGCCUGGUUGGUAUAGGGUGUGCUUUGCAAACAUGGAUGAUGAAACUGUGGAUGUUGCACUCAUGAGAAUCAGGGCUUUUGUUGGCAAAGAGACAGGGAAGCCACCAAAGGAACUCAAACGUUGGAAAAGUAACCUUAGACUCAGCUUCUCCAACUCUAGAAGAUUUGAUGAGAAUGUUAUGUCACCUCAUUCACCAAUGCCUCACUCACCUCUUGUCAGAGCCACUUAGUUGGACCAGCAAGCAUACCUUCAUUACCUUGAGAGAUUCAUAUGUAUUAAGGGUUAAUUACAAAAAUGUUCUUUAAUCUUUCUAUCAUGUUAUUUUGUUAUGUUUGAACUGUUGUCCUGUAUAUGUGGACCGCAGUAUGUUCUUCCAUUCUGUAAAAUUAGCUUGGAUAAUUACAGUUCAUGGACGGCUAAGUUAGGUAACUCUAUUGUAGGUACAACUCAUGAGGAAGAAGAGUAUUAAGCUUGGCAACUAUUGGUUAUUCAAUUAGGUAACUGUUGUCCUGUAUAUUAAGAACAAGUGUUAUUUCCUUUUACUCAUUUGAGGGUAUAUAUAUUUAGCAGAAAAUAAAAGUUACAGCAGCAAAAAAAUUUGAGGGUAUUUAUAUUAAUCCAGGCUUUAU